AUGCGUUUGACAUUCUUCACGGCCGCCUCGCUUGUCUUGGGUGCCUUGGGGAGUGCCUUAGGGAAGAAGUGCCUGACCGAAGAUGCUGCCACUCAAGUCGCGAACAACUUCAGGAGCACCAUCGCCGCGUACACCCCCGAACUCGCAGCAAGAGUCUUCGCCGUGGACUUCCUCGACUACUCCGACGGUGUAAAUAUGUUGAUGAAUAACGGAUGCCCUAACGGUCCUAAGCCUCUGGGAAGCCCAACCUUCACUUCCUUAGCAGACUUCCAAGCCGCCCAGGGCACUCAGCCCCCAAUUCCGUUUGAGAUCCUAAAGAUCUGGUACAACUGUAAUACCGUCACUUUGCGUUGGAGAUCGGUCGCGCCGGGCUUUGUACAGCCGGAACAGCAAGUCACUGGCCUCAUUGUUCUGGAGACUACGCGCUCCAAGGGAGAAGAGCCAUUUUUGAUCCAAACCGUCUACUCGGAGUUCAACAGCGGCGCUUGGCUUUAUGAUCUCGGGAUCUUUGUACCAACGAAUUGCGCGGCCUGAGAUGCGAUUGCUGCCUACAUCGCUCAUACCACAAUUAUCUCA